CUUCACUGGAUUCUGCUAGUAGCUUUGCUGCAUUUGCAAUGUCUCCUCCUUUAACCUUUAACCUUUGCACAACCAUGCUCCAUGGCUAUAUCAGCAGCCCCAGCUCCAUUCCCCUCAUUGCACAGGAAAGCACCGGCCAUGGGGGAACGCAAGAGCUUCCGGUGCCCUUCACGCCCUCUCCUCCUCCCCGCCAUUGUCGUCGUGCUCGCCUUCUUCGUCGCGCAAUGCGGAGCGAAGGUGGUGACGGUGGACGAGCUGCUGGACCAGUACUCCGAGUCGGACCACCACUCGGCCUCUCCGCCUCCGGGAUCACCCGGCUGCGCGCCGGAAGCCUCCUCGCCGCCGCCCGUCAUCCCGGCGCCGUCCUUCGCAUACCUCUCGCCGCCGCCGCCCAUGCAGUUCUACUCCCCUCCGCCGCCCGAGGUAACGCCGAGCCCGCCUGAGGUCGUGCCCAGCCCGCCGGAGGUCGUGCCGAGCCCGCCUGAGAUCGCGCCGCUGCCGCCGGUCGUCGCUCCCAGCCCGCCGGAGAUCGCGCCACUGCCGCCGGUCGUGGCGCCCAGCCCGCCGGAGAUCGCGCCGCUGCCGCCGGUCGUCGCGCCCAGCCCGCCCGAGAUAGCGCCGCUGCCACCGGUCGUCGCGCCCAGUCCGCCCGAGAUAGCGCCACUGCCGCCAGUCGUCGCGCCUAGCCCUCCGGACGUCGAGCCGUUCCCGAGCCCGCCGGAUGUGACGCCGCUGCCGCCGAUAGUGUACCCGAGUCCGCCGGAGGUUGCGCCCAGCCCGCCGGAGGUCGCACCGUUCCCGGGGCCACCGGAGGUGACGCCCAGCCCGCCGGAGGUCGAGCCGUUCCCGGGUCCACCGGAGGUCACGCCCAGUCCGCCGGAGGUCGAGCCGUUCCCGGGUCCACCGGAGGGCGAGCCCAGCCCGCCGGACGUCACGCCGGGGCCACCAGAGGUGACUCCCAGCCCACCCGAGGUCACGCCGUUCCCGGGGCCACCGGAGGUGACUCCCAGCCCACCAGAGGUGACGCCGUUCCCAAGCCCGCCAGAGGUGACGCCAAGCCCGCCCGACUACGCGCCGUACCCGCCGCCGGAGUCCUCGCCGGGGUCCGGGUCGGGAUCGGGAUCGUCCCCGAGCCCGCCGGGUGGCAGCUUCCAGCCACCGGUGGUGCUCCCGCCGACGACCGGGCCGCCGUCGCCGUCCGGGGGACACGGCGAGUGGUGCGUGGCGAAGCCGUCGGUGCCGGCAGCGAUCGUGCAGCAGGCCAUGGACUACGCGUGCGCGUCGGGCGCCGACUGCGAGUCCCUCCAGGCCGACGGCACCUGCUUCAAGCCGGACACCAUGACGUCCCACGCCUCCUACGCCUUCAACAGCUACUGGCAGCGCGCCAAGUCCACCGGCGCCACCUGCGACUUCGGCGGCACCGCCAUGCUCAUCACCAAGGACCCAAGCUAUGAUAACUGCCAUUACAGUGUGAUGUGAAGACCAGAUCUAGAUGCCAUCAGUGGUUUUGGAAGCUGGACGCCAUUUUCUGCUCAAGUUCGGAGGAAGUAGUGCAGACAUAUAUACUUGUAGGCUGUGUUCUGAGUGUGACCAUGUUCAUUUUGUGUAUGUAUGUACGUAGCCACCUAACUUUUGCCUCCUUUUGACACAUAUUGUUUUGUGUAAUUCAGAAUAAUGCUACUCCUAUGUAACUUUCCAUCUUGAAUUUCAUAAUGGCGACCAUGUUCGUCAGUUCAUAAGUCUC